AUGACAGUGGGGUCCAGCCCCUUCCAGCUUCCCAGCCUUCCUGGAACCCUCUUGCCCAAUAUCCUGUGUGGUAAUCAGGCCUGUUGGCCCCACACAGUUUUGCUGGCCACUGCCAAGUUCCUUCUGCUUUGCUCUCAAUGCUCUACCUCUCGCGGAACCUUCAUGAAAGAAAAAGCUGCUACAAGCUUUCUUCUCUGCAGUCAGAAUCCCCUCUCCUGGGUGCUCUGCACUCUUCAGCAGAGGUCACACGGGUGUAAGCAGAGAUUUGAAGCUGAACGUGGAGGCCCGGCAAUAGCGUGCUCUCCGACCCCUAUAUCACGACUUCUGGGCUCUGAAAGUGAGCCGGACCAAGCUGCUCACUGUACAGACGGAGAAGAGCGAGGCCCGAGGAGGCACCCUGGCUGUUGGAAGAUGCUCACAGUGGCGAUGUGCAUGGCCCUCCUGGGGUGCCUGCAGGCCCAGGAGCUCCGGGGACACGUCUCCGUCAUCCUGCUGGGAGCAACCGGGGACCUGGCCAGGAAAUACUUAUGGCAGGGGCUGUUCCAGCUGUACCUGGAUGAGGCGGGGAAGGACUACAGUUUCAGCUUCCAUGGGGCUGCCCUGACGUCCACCAAGCAGGGCCAAGCGUUCAUAGCCAAGGUCCUGGAGUCCCUCUCCUGCCCGGAGGACAUGGCACCCGACCGCUGCGCCGAACUCAAGGGCCAGUUCCAGCGGCUGAGUGCAUACCGCCACCUGGCGACGAGUGAGGACUAUAUGGCCCUGAGCAAGGACAUUGAGGCACAGGUCCAACACGGGGGCCUCCGGGAGGCCGGCAGGAUCUUCUAUUUCUCGGUGCCACCCUUUGCCUAUGCGGACAUUGCCCGCAACAUUAACAGCAGCUGCCGCCCGGGCCCAGGCGCCUGGCUGCGGGUUGUCCUCGAGAAGCCUUUCGGCCAUGACCACCUCUCAGCCCAGCAGCUGGCCACGGAACUCGGGGGCUUUUUCCGAGAGGAGGAGAUGUACCGGGUGGACCAUUACCUGGGCAAGCAGGCCGUGGCUCAGAUCCUGCCUUUCCGAGACCAGAACCGCAAGGCCUUGGACGGCCUCUGGAGCCGGCACCACGUGGAGCGGGUGGAGAUCAUCAUGAAGGAGACUGUGGAUGCCGAGGGCCGCACCAGCUUCUACGAGGAGUACGGCGUCAUUCGCGACGUGCUCCAGAACCACCUGACCGAGGUCCUCACCCUCGUGGCCAUGGAGCUGCCCCACAACAUCAGCAGCUCAGAGUCUGUGCUCCAGCACAAGCUCCGGGCCUUCCGGGCUCUGCGGGGCCUGCAGAAGGGCAGCGCCGUCCUGGGCCAGUACCAGGCAUACAGCGAGCAGGUGCGCAGAGAGCAGCAGAAGCCGGACAGCUUCCGCAGCCUGACGCCGACCUUCGCAGGCGUCCUCGUUCACAUGGACAACCUUCGCUGGGAGGGCGUCCCUUUCAUCCUGAUGUCCGGCAAAGCCUUGGAUGAGAGAGUGGGCUACGUUCGCAUCUUGUUCAGGAACCAGGCUUACUGUGUCCAGAACGACGAGCACUGGGUCGCCGACCAGAGCCAGUGCCUCCCUCGGCAGAUCGUCUUCUACAUCGGACACGGUGAGCUGGGCAGCCCUGCCGUGCUGGUCAGUCGGAACCUGUUCAGGCCCUCCCUGCCCUCCGAGAGCUGGAAGGAGCUGGGGGCCCGGCCGGGGCUCCGCCUCUUCGGCCGCCCGCUGUCCGAUUUCUACGCCUACCGCCCCGUGAGGGAGCAGGACGCCUACUCCGUCCUCAUAUCUCGCAUCUUCCACGGCCGAAAGGACUCCUUCAUCACCACGGAGAACCUGCUGGCCUCCUGGGGCUUCUGGACCCCCCUGCUGGACAGCCUGGCCCACGAGGUCCCGCGCCUCUACCCGGGAGGCGCUGAGAACGGGCACCUGUUGGACUUCGAGUUCAGCGGCACCCAGCUGUACUUCUCGCAGCGGCAGCCGGAGCAGCUGGUGCCGGGGCCCGGCCCCGCGCCGAUGCCCAGCGGCUUCCAGGUUCUCAAGGCCAAGUACCGAGAGAGCCCGCUGAUCUCGGCCUGGCCCGAGGAGCUGAUCGCGAAGCUGGCCGACGACAUCGAGGCCACGGCCGUGCGAGCCGUGCGGCGCUUUGGCACGUUCCACCUGGCGCUGUCCGGCGGCUCGAGCCCGGUGCCCCUGUUCCAGCAGCUGGCCACCAGGCACUACGGCUUCCCCUGGGCCCACACGCACCUGUGGCUGGUGGACGAGCGCUGCGUCCCGCUCUGGGACCCCGAGUCCAACUUCCAGCACCUGCAGACCCACCUGCUCCAGCACGUCAGGGUCCCCUACUACAACAUUCACCCCAUGCCCGUGCAUCUGCACCAGCGGCUGUGCGCCGAGGAGGACCAGGGCGCCCAGACGUACGCCAGCGAGAUCUCGGCCCUGGUGGCCAACAGCAGCUUCGACCUGGUGCUGCUGGGCAUGGGCGCGGACGGGCACACGGCCUCCCUCUUCCCGCAGUCGCCCAGCGGCCUGGACGGCGAGCAGCUGGUCGUGCUGACCGAGAGCCCCUCCAGGCCGUUCCAGCGCAUGAGCCUCAGCCUGCCCCUCAUCAACCGCGCCAGGAAGGUGGCGGUCCUGGUCAUGGGCAGGGUGAAGCGUGAGAUCACCAUGCUGGUGAGCCGCGUGGGCCACGAGCCCAAGAAAUGGCCCAUUUCGGGCGUCCUGCCUAGUUCCGGCCAGCUGGUUUGGUACAUGGACUAUGAGGCGUUUCUGGGAUGA